AUGUGGUCAACUCAAUUGCUGUGUCUUGCGCUGCAAGUCACUGGGACAUUGGCGCUUCCCACAGAGACUCACACUGAAGAGUACCCUUCGCCCAAAGGAUCUGGCAGAGGUAUUUGGAAGAGCGCGUAUUCGAAAGCGCAAGAAUUUGUAGACAAAUUGACGCUCGAAGAAAAAGUUAAUGUCACGCGAGGUUUCGCGACGGAUAAUGUCUGCGCUGGUAAUACUGGAACUAUACCGCGUCUUGGAUGGCCUGGGCUGUGUCUGCACGAUGCAGGCAACGGCGUGAGGGCAACAGAUCUGGUCAACUCGUAUCCUUCGGCUUUGCAUGUUGGUGCCAGUUGGGACAAGAACCUGACGUAUCAGAGGGGAUAUUACAUGGGCAAAGAGUUCAAGGCCAAAGGAGUCAACGUUCUCCUCGGACCCAACGUCGGCCCUCUAGGCAGAACACCGCUGGGGGGUCGCAACUGGGAGGGCUUCUCAGUCGACCCAUACCUAACAGGAAAACUCAGUGCCGAGUCUAUCAUCGGCCACCAAGAUGCUGGAGUCAUUGCCAACGUCAAGCACUUCAUCGCAAACGAACAAGAAACUUACCGCCGACCUUACUUUGGAGUCGAAGCAGUAUCUUCCAACGUCGACGACAAGACGCUGCACGAGUACUAUCUCUGGCCAUUUGUGGACUCUGUCAGAGCUGGCGUCGCAUCAGUAAUGUGCGCUUACAACCGCGUCAACGGCACCUAUGCUUGCGAGAACAGCAAGUUGAUGAACGGCAUCCUCAAGUCAGAGCUGGAGUUUGACGGGUUCGUGCUUCUUGACUGGAAUGCUCAGCAUAACCUUGAGAGUGCAAAUGCUGGUCUCGAUAUGGUUAUGCCCAUGGGUGGCUUCUGGGGUGAAAACCUUACUCAGGCUGUUGAGAACGGCACGGUUACAGAAUCUCGAGUCACUGAUAUGGCUACCAGAAUCCUCGCAGCUUGGUACCUCGUCGGCCAAGACAAUGGCUUCCCCACCCCAGGCAUUGGCAUGAAGAACCUCUCUUUGCCCCACGAACAAGUCGAAGCUCGUAUCCCAGGGUCCAGGCCAACUCUGCUCGAGGGCGCAAUCGCAGGCCACGUGCUCGUCAAGAACGAAAACAACACUCUCCCCUUCCAGAAGAACCCCAAGAUGAUUUCCGUCUUUGGGUACGAUGCUACCGUGGCUGCUACCAAGAACACAGGCAAGCUGUUUGAGCUCGGAUAUGCGUCUUCGCCGGAGAUGGCACAGGCUGUGUUAGGAAAUGAAGAGCAUUUUGACCAGGCUGCCAGAGGAGGCACGAUUGUCUCUGGAGGUCGUGCGGCUGCUAACUCACCUCCGUAUAUCAGCGAUCCUCUCAGUGCUCUUCAGCAAAGAGCUGCCAAAGACGGAGGCUGGGUGAAUUGGGACCUUUCGUCCUUUGACCCAGACGUCAACGGAGCCAGCGACGUAUGUCUAGUUUUCAUCAACGCCAUGGCCACAGAAGGUUGGGAUCGCGAUGGUCUCCACGACGACUUCAGCGACGGCCUCGUCCUCAACGUCGCGUCCAAGUGCGCCAACACCAUCGUCGCCAUCCAUGCAGCCGGAAUUCGUCUCGUGGACCAGUGGAUUGAGCACCCCAACAUCACUGCGACCAUCAUUGCUCAUCUUCCUGGACAAGAUAGCGGAGAGGCGCUCGUCAAGCUGCUCUAUGGCGAGGCUAGCUUCUCGGGUAAGCUGCCUUACACUCUCGCUAAGAAUGAAACCGACUACGUGCCUUAUGCGCCUUGCGGUCGUGAGGAGAAUAGCAACGAUCCGCAGUGUGACUUCACUGAGGGUGUGUAUCUGGACUACCGUUCUUUCGACGACCGUAACAUCACCCCGCGAUAUGAGUUUGGCUACGGUCUCAGCUACACGACGUUUGAGUACUCUUCCCUCUCCGUCAAGGCCCAUACAGACUCUUCAUCUAGCAGUAAGGCAGACCUCUGGGAGACGUACGCAACUCUUCAGGCCACAGUAUCCAAUGUUGGCAAGAGAAGCGGCGAGGAAGUCGCCCAAGUCUACGUGGCGAUUCCCAACAGCCCACCAAAGCAGCUCCGAGGUUUUGAGAAGGUGAAACUGGACAAGGGCAAGUCUGCAGAGGUUUCUUUUGAACUUUUGCGACGUGACCUCAGCGUGUGGGAUGUUGUUCAGCAACAGUGGGUGCUUCAGUCCGGAAACUACACGAUUUUCGUUGGUGGAAGUAGUCGAGAUCUGCCGUUGGAGUAUUCAUUCAAUGUUGAUGCUUAG